CAACAUUACCUAAAAAUUUCUAAUUCCGAACAUUAGAAAACGUUUCGAUGCAACCGAUUUAAAUGUUAUUGUAUUUUAAUGAGCCUUAAUAGAUUGGAGGCGCGACAGUUCAACGUCCAACAGUAAAAACAUACGACACAUUUCAUAAAUUUCCCGACUCUCAAAAUGCCCGUUCCGAAUAAUUUGAACGCGUUUUUGGGGGCAGCCGUGCUCGGUGUGAUAAGUGCUGCUGGUUUGUAUCUCGUCGAACACUACAGACAAGAGAAACGGCGCUACGCAAUGGCAAAAGACUUGGCGAGACUUGACCAGGAACUGUCCACCGUCAAACGGGAGUUACACGACCUAAUGGCCAAGAAGCGAGACAAAUUUGCGACAGUUUUGCCUGGUUUGAACAUGUUUGGAAAUGCGUAUUUAAGUAUGAGUGGGUCGCCGAUCGAUAACAGUCCGUAUGCCGUUUAUUUCAAAUGGAAUAAACAAUUCUCUUGGAGUCAAAAAAGAUCUGGCGAACUGUCUAAAAGUAUAAUCGUUUGUUUUAAGGUUCUUUCAGAAAUAGACAGAAAAUUGGACGAAGGAAACGUUGAAGAAUUGAAUUCGUGCUUGGUAAAACUGCAAGAUUUAUGUUUGGAACAUCCAGGCAAUGUGAAUUUGUUGUGGAGAAUCGGCAAGGCCCAUUUAAAACUGAGCGAACGAAGCACCGACAAAUCGUACAUCCAAAACCAAAUAGAAAAAGGCGUGGAAGCGUGCACGAAAGCCCUAGAAUUGGAUCCGAGGUGUGCUGCUGCACACAAAUGGAUGGCGAUCCUCAUCGGAGGUCGGGGCGAUUUUCAAUCGAUGAAAGAUCGAAUCGCCGACGGACAUUUGCUGAAACAGCACGUCGACAAGGCGUUGGAACUGGACCCGAACGACCCCUCGUUGCAUCACAUGUUGGGCAGGUUUUGUUUCGAGGUGGCCGGCUUGAAAUGGUACGAGAGGAAAGUGGCGGCCACUCUCUUCGGCGAACCACCCAAUUCGACGUACGGCGAGGCACUCGACCAUUUGAUGAAAUGCGAGAGUUUGGCCGAUUUUCAAUGGAAAGAAAACAAGUUGUACAUUGCAAAAUGUUUCGUUGCCCAGAAUCAACUGAAAGAUGCCGUCCAGUGGUUGGAAAAGGCGCAAGCCUGCAAAGGAGACGGAUUGGAUGACAACUUGGACAGUGAGAUUAAGGUGCUGCUUGCCAAAUACAAUAGUUAUAGGUAGUUUUUUUAGACAUUAUAUUUUACUUAUAUUGACAGACAACUGAAUUAAUUACUUUUACUUUUAUUGUACUGAAUAGUUUUAUCGUUUGGUGUUGUACACUCGCGUCAUUCCUGUUGUUUUAUUAAAACUGCGCAUUUCGAGAUAUAUUUAUAUUAAAACAUGUUGUUGGUUUGUUUUCAGUAUAGUACAGUAUGUACGUAUAUGUAAUUUUUAAUAAACUAUUGAAGAAUU